UUAUUGUAUGUUCCGCUUCCCUAUGUUGGAGUCUGAUGUGUUGUUGCUGCUUGCUGAAUGGCCAUAUUGUCUGAAACAGCAGAGACUAUUGGUGCCUUCUGUCAGGUCACACACAACAAAGAGGAGAAACGGAGAAGAGAAGGAAAAGACAAUUAACUUUAUCAACCAACCGCACUUUCGGCUACUUUCAAUCUUCAUGCAAAAAAGCACCAGCAGUGGUGACGAAUCUCCAUUCGUUCAAUUACUUUCAAUCUCCAUGGAAAAGCAACAGUGAUUCAUCUCCAUAAUCUUCAGGGAAAAGCAACACUGCUGACGCAUUCCCCUCCACAUUCGUUCAAUUACUUUCAAUCAUCACCCAAAAGUAGCACUGGUCACGCAUCUCAUACGUUGUUCAAUCAAUCAUUCCACAACGUAUUGACCAAAACAGCGGUGCCCACAGUUUUGAGGUUGUUAUUGUUGUUCUUUCUGCUGCUGUCGUGUGGGGCCGCGGCGUGUGUUGCGUUGUGCAGUGAGGCGUUGCUGUAUGUCACUGGAAUACUACUGCGGUGGAGUUUUCUACGGUGAGCUCGCUAACCCUUUACAAUGGCCACAGCUCAGGAAAAAGCGACGCCAAAUAAUCUCAGUAACAACCCCACUGCUUCUAAAUCCUCCGCAGUUCCCUCCUCCUGGGUCCACCCCGCCACCGAUCCCUUCCGAAACAGACCCCCCGUCUCCGCCCUCAUGUCCGCCGUCGAUUCCUUUCCCGAUCCUCCUCCCAAAACCACCUCCACCACCAAAGGUAUUCCAGUCAUGACGAGAGCUCAAACUUGCCACCCUUUGGAUCCACUGUUAGCUGCUGAAAUAUCAGUGGCUGUAGCUACAGUUCGGGCUGCUGGGGCAACCCCUGAGGUGAGGGAUAGCAUGCGCUUCGUUGAAGUAGUCCUGGUAGAACCAGAUAAACAAGUUAUUGCAUUAGCAGAUGCAUAUUUCUUCCCACCUUUCCAGCCUUCUUUGCUUCCCAGGACUAAAGGAGGACCUGUGAUUCCUUCGAAACUUCCCCCAAGGAAAGCACGAUUGGUUGUUUACAACAAAAGGUCAAAUGAGACUAGCAUAUGGAUUGUUGAACUCAGGGAAGUGCAUGCAGCAACUCGAGGUGGUCACCAUAGGGGCAAAGUUAUUUCUUCCAAAGUCAUUCCAAAUGUUCAGCCACCAAUGGAUGCUGUGGAGUAUGCUGAAUGUGAGGCUGUUGUGAAGGACUUCCCUCCAUUUCGAGAAGCAAUGAAGAGAAGAGGGAUUGACGACAUGGAUCUCGUGAUGGUGGAUGCAUGGUGUGUAGGAUAUCAUAGCGAAACAGACGCCCCUAGCCGCAGGCUUGCUAAACCACUAAUCUUUUGCAGAACUGAAAGUGACUGCCCCAUGGAAAAUGGCUAUGCUCGUCCAGUUGAAGGAAUCUAUAUACUUGUUGACAUGCAAAAUAUGGAAAUUCUUGAGUUUGAAGAUCGAAAACUUAUCCAUCUUCCACCUGCUGAUCCACUGAGAAAUUAUACUUCUGGUGAAACCCGGGGAGGAGUUGAUAGAAGUGAUGUAAAGCCAUUACAGAUUAUUCAGCCUGAAGGUCCAAGUUUUCGUGUCAACGGGCACUUCAUUCAAUGGCAGAAGUGGAACUUUCGUAUUGGUUUUACUCCUAGAGAAGGUUUGGUUAUUUAUUCUGUAGCCUAUAUUGAUGGAAGUCGAGGAAGAAGGCCAGUGGCCCACAGAUUGAGUUUUGUUGAGAUGGUGGUUCCUUAUGGAGAUCCAAACGAUCCUCACUAUAGGAAGAAUGCUUUUGAUGCAGGAGAAGAUGGUUUGGGUAAAAAUGCUCAUUCUCUCAAGAAGGGUUGUGAUUGUUUAGGCUAUGUCAAAUAUUUCGAUGCCCACUUCACAAACUUUACUGGAGGUGUUGAGACUAUAGAGAAUUGUGUCUGCUUGCAUGAAGAGGAUCAUGGUAUUUUAUGGAAGCAUCAAGACUGGAGAACAGGUUUGGCUGAAGUUCGACGAUCUAGAAGGCUGACAGUAUCUUUUAUAUGCACUGUGGCUAACUAUGAGUAUGGAUUUUUCUGGCACUUCUAUCAGGAUGGAAAAAUAGAAGCUGAGGUCAAGCUCACGGGAAUUCUCAGUUUAGGAGCGUUACAACCAGGCGAAACUCGAAAAUAUGGCACAACCAUUGCACCUGGAUUAUAUGCGCCUGUCCACCAGCACUUUUUUGUUGCUCGUAUGGACAUGGCUGUUGAUUGCAAGCCUGGUGAAGCAUUUAAUCAGGUUGUUGAGGUGGAUGUCAAAGUUGAACAGCCAGGAGAGAAUAAUGUUCACAACAACGCAUUUUAUGCAGAGGAAAAACUGCUUAAAUCAGAAUUGGAAGCAAUGCGUGAUUGUAACCCUUUAUCUGCCCGACACUGGAUUGUGAGAAACACCAGAACGGUAAACCGAACCGGGCAGCUAACAGGAUACAAGUUGGUACCUGGUUCAAAUUGUUUACCCUUGGCUGGUUCAGAGGCCAAGUUUCUGAGAAGAGCAGCUUUCUUGAAGCACAAUCUUUGGGUCACUCCUUAUGUUCCAGACGAAAUGCAGCCUGGAGGAGAGUUCCCUAAUCAGAAUCCACGUGUUGGAGAGGGUUUGGCUACUUGGGUUCAGCAAAAUAGAUCACUGGAGGAAGCUGAUAUAGUUCUUUGGUACGUGUUUGGUAUGACACACAUUCCUCGAUUGGAAGACUGGCCAGUUAUGCCAGUGGAACGCCUUGGCUUUCUGCUUAUGCCACAUGGGUUUUUCAAUUGUUCCCCAGCAGUAGAUGUUCCCCCAAGUGCAAGUGAUUUGGAUGAUAAAGAUAAUGGGAUAUCUGCAAAGCCAAUUCAAAAUGGGGUGAUUGCCAAGCUUUAAAAUGACAAAGCUAGAAACAUAUGACUGUGUUUAUCAUCACCUAAGUGAGUGCCUCAAUAUAAUUUACAAAGUUUAUUGUGUGGUCCACUUGGAUAUUUAAGAAUAGGUAUUUUGGUGAUGCAUGCGAUGAUGUAAUUAGACAUGGACUCGUGCAACUUCGGUAGGACAAAUUACCAAAACUCUUCACAUAAUUUAGUAUCAA